ACGCAGGUUUUAGGUUAUUUACAUUGAAUUUAUUAAUUAUUAUGUCUGUGUUUCGCAAGAAAAAAUAGACUAGCAAACAAGAAUGCGUCAGGAAUCCUCUUUUCAUUAUGAAUUCAAAUAAAAAUGUCCAUGGAGUAAUCUGGGGUAAAUUUCUAAUUCUAUUGUAAUAAAAAAAGAGGACGAGAGGAAUUCGCUAAAAUGGAACAAAAAGGUGAAAUUCUUGAUAUUCCUACUGGGAAAAUCCAGGAAGUGAACUUCUUGGACGAUCCGCCAAUUUUGGACGUUAAUCACGGAGACUUCCAGUCUCAAGAAAAUCUUGAAGACGUUAUAACUGAUGAAGAAGUGAAUGAAACGAUAUUUAAAAAGUCUAACUCCUCUCUACUUAAUUCGCUAUUUGAGGAAAGUAAAAGUCCUGAAAACAUUAAUAUUUCUUCUUCCAUGAAUAUGGUUACUUCUGAAACUUUAAAUGUAGAAGACUGCUUAAAUUUACAACAUCCUGAUCAAAAAUUGAAAGAUUUCGACAACAGAAUGAGCAGUCAUGACACAAAUACUUUUCAGGAAUCUCCCGACUAUCCAACAAAUAAUUCGCCUAAAAAAUCGCAUUCCAAUAUCGAAGAUAACUCUCAUCAACCUUCAGAAAAGUCCAUUAACAAUCAUUCCCAAGAGACUUUUAAAAAUGAAGUAGCAAAUUUACCUAGCGAAAGAAAAAAUCAGAGCAUUCCCUCAAGGAAUACCCAACCUACUUUGGCAGAGGAUAGCAAACUCGUAAAGAUUUCACUGCCAACGAAUCCGAUUAAUUUAAUGCAGACAAAUACGCAGUUUCUGAACAAAAGUCGUAAUUUUUUCAACUUCAUUACAGAGAAAUCUACUAAUAUUAUGGAAAAAACGAUGUUGCCACAGCACAUUGCUGGUCGCUACAAUUCUAUUAUAAAACUGGCCGAUCCUGGUGUAAAAAAGGCUAUAGAAGAUUCAUGUACAAGUUCGGAAUCUUCUUCAACGGAUCUAACUUCUAGUUCUGAAACCGAUUUGGCUAAAAUUCCGAGAACCACAGACGAACCUCCGCAGUUUAGCACAGUUAAAUUUAAAGAUGAAUCAGGAUUCUAUGAUUUUGAAACUGAGAAAUCUGUGAGUGAACCGAGAGGAAACUGUUUCUCUGAUAGAGAACCAAAUACAGAGACUGCUCAUAAUUUGGAUUUGAGGUUUGAGCCAAGUGGAGACGAGAAGAGCUCUUUUUCAAAUGAUUUUGCAGAUAAAAUUUCUCUUGAUGCAAAAUCAAAUGGAGUUCUUAAUCCGUAUAACAUUAGAUCUUCGGAAUCUUUGGAUAAUAGUCCAAGGCCAGCUUCAGAAGAGGAUUCGGAAGCUGAUAGUUCUUAUCGAGAAGGCUCGAUUGAUUCUGCGAUUUCGAAAAGUCCUAAUAAUGGAUUGCACAAUCAUCCGACCUAUUUGUCACUUUUAAGAGAUUAUGCAUUAAUGAAGAAGGAAAAUGAGAAAUUUGUUGAGAGGAUUGCGAAGUUGGAGGAACGGAAUCAGCGUCUCGAAGUGGAGAAAAUUGGAGAAUCGCAGAAGGAAGAGAUUGCGACUUUGGAAAAAACUGUCAGUCGCUUGACCAAUGAAUUGAAGACUGCUUUCUCGAAUCAAGAAUCGAUGAGUAAAGUAUAUGCUGCUGCUAAUAAGGAACGAGAGAGUAUGGUCAUGAAAUAUGCGGUCAGCGAGAAGCAGCUGAUAGAUGCACAAAGAGGAAAAGAAGUAGCUGAACGAAGACUCAAAGAAAUCUCCAAAGAGCACGAAUUGUUACAAAGUAAAUUGAGACAAUCUCAAGGAGAACGAACGAGAAUUUGCAACAUUUUGGACAACAAAUGCACGGAACUAGUUGAUCUUCAAAAACAGGUAGAUCGUCUAAAAGAAGACAUAAACAUGAAAGAAGUAAAGUUAAAAUGGAGUCAAACUAAACUCAAAACUGAAAUGGACCUGCAAAAGGAAACCCAACAAAAACUAGAAGCCGCAACGGCCAAAAUAAACGAAAUGAAGGAAGAGUGCGAUCUAAUUCGCCGAGAAACUCAAGAUUCAAUGCGCAAGUUUCAACAAUCUGAGGAAAACAAGGCUGUUACGUUAGACCAGCAAUUGAAGGAACAACAGGCACGAUUAAUUUUAGAGCGACACGUGACAGAAGACAAAGAAAUGUCGAGGCUUCAGUUGCAAAAGGAAGUGGAAACUUUCAAACAGAGGCAACAGGCCUUGAUUGAAGAAAACAAUACACUCAGUUUGAAAAUUCAAGAUUUAGAAAAAAGCAGGCUAUCCUACGAAAGCAAUCUGAGUAAUUUGAAAUCGAUUGCUGAUCACCGUCAGAGAGAAAUUGUCGAUUUGGUCGCUAGAGUUUCUCAGCUGGAGACUCUGAAGGUUCAGUUAAAACAUCAAGAGCAAUGUCUUGCCUCAACGGAAGCGGAAGUCGAGCGCCUUCGACAAACGAACCAAGAACUCCAAAUGGAUAUGGAUUCAUGUCGACAGCGAGAAUCUCACAUGCUCGACUUCACUCAAAAACUAACUGAUAAAAAUGUACGACUUCAGUCUGAAUUCACUGCAAUCGAGGCGAAAAAUCAGCGCCUGGAACACGAACAAGGUCCCUUGCACGAACGCAUUGCUGAGCUCGUGGCUAAAGUUAAAUCGUUGGAGGAAAACCUCGUUUUGGAAAAGAAGAAAAGAAUCGAAGAUUGUGAAAUUCUCGCGAAGCAUGUGGCUGAGCAGACACAACUUAUUCAAAAUCUGACGCAAAAGCUGGAAGACAGCGAGGGAGAGAAUGCCGUUCUGAAGAGGAAACAUCAACUCUCUCUCAAAGAAAUGACCAGAGAAUUGCAGCAUUGUAGAAAAAGAUUAGAGGCUUUCGAAACUGCAUCGCCUGGAGGUUCUCUGGACCCGACUUCCAGGACUGGAUCAAGUACAUCCCUGAAUACAGGUGAAACAAUAAACGGUGCCUUGUCAGACCACAGCAACUGUGUCGAGCAUUCAAUUAAUUCUGUAGAUAGGCAAUCCUUAAUAGAUAAAAUAAUCAAGAUGCAGAAGAUCAACGUGAAAAAAGCAGAGAAGAUAGAUUUCAUGGAAGAACACGUGAAGUCGCUGGUCGAAGAAUUACAGAAGAAAACUAAAAUCAUUCAGAACUAUAUUCUAGUCGAAAAUUUCGAUGCCAUGAGCAACAAUGAAAGAGACAAAAAUAAGCAUAUCAAGAGCAAACGAAAUGCAGCUGAAUUGGCGAGAUACGGAGGAAUAAUGGCUUCAGUCUACAAUCACAAAGUUUCGGAUGACCAUAUGACACUCGAACUUUCCCUCGAGAUAAAUCAAAAAUUGCAAUCAGUAUUGGAAGACACUUUAUUGAAAAAUAUCACUCUCAAAGACAAUAUCGACACUUUGGGAGAAGAGAUCGCGAAACUGACUAUGCAAAUUCAGCAAAGGCAAAAUGCAAAAUAGAAAGGAAUUUUUCAGAAAUACGUAAUCUGCGAUUUACCAAACGUAGUAUUAUUAUUAUCGAGGGUGCUGGAAUUGUACUUAAAUCGAAAUGCUCACGAUUAUUUUUCUAAUAUGAAAAAUAUAAAAAGAAUGAAGAGAAUGGUUUCUAAAACAAGAAACGUGUUUGUGAGCUGAAAGAACAAUUAUUUUAGUUCGUUGGGGUAAAAAGGUUUGAAACUUAAUUGCCAUUUGAUUCUUUAAUUUAUGAACUUUAAAAUUCGGUGUUUUGUAUAUUUUAGAGAGAAGAUUAGAAUAUCUUUUUAUAACUUUUAUUAUAUUCAUUCUUAGAUUAUUUACUUGUCUCUAGUCACAAUAUUUAUCCAUUAACUCUGACAAUUCAACAAAGUUGAAUAAUUUCCCUAUUUUAAACUACAAAAAUAAAAUCUGUCUUAUUUUUGUAAUUUAUAUGAAAUUUUUAAUUAAUCAAAUAAAACAGGAUCAUAUGCCAAAAUGUUAUAUCUUCCAUUUAUAGUUUUAUUUGAUUUUUAAAGGUUUAAUCGUGAAUACGUUCUUUGAACUAUUGUAAAUAAUUGUCGUACCCCAUAAAUUCGUAUUUAAAUAGAAGUAUGUAAAAAAGACGUAUCUGCCAAUACAAAAUGUAUCAAACGGAAUAAAAAGUAUAUAAAUGUAUCAUUCAUAA